AUUGGUACGUAGACGUCCGUACCCAUCCUCGGGAGGCUAUAGGACAUCUAGGAAACACUCCACUUCUUUUUCUCUUUUCGUGCUAGUUCAAUCCGAUUGGUAUCUGGUUCAUUCUUUUCGUGCGAGAUUGUUUAUAUUGGUAUCUUAACCUCAUUUCUAUGUUCUCCCACAGAUGGUGAGGACGCGAUCGACUGCUACUGGAGGCCAGGAGCCUGCACCUGCACCUGCACCCGCACCCGCAUCCAUACCCGUGGCCCGAGCAGCUGUCCAUGGGCGAGGUAGGGGACGUGGCAGGGGCAGAGGCCAUGCACCUAUUCCAGAUAGGAACCAAGCAGCAGCACCUGCUCAGGACCCUGACAUAGAGUUGACUCCGGAGCUUGACGACAUUCCGGAGGAGGAGAUUAGGGCUGCUGAGGCACAGCCUGGGGUCGCUGCUACUCCUGAUUUUCAGGAGGCUGUGUUUCGAGUGUUGGGGUACUUUGACAGUUUGGCUCAGGCGGGCAUGAUUCCAGUUGCUCCAGAUGGCUCGCAGACUAGAGUGGGAGGUUAUACUCCCGAUGCUACAGUUGCUCCAGGAUUUCGGACAUCGAGGGUAUUGCCGGCAGCAGCAGUGGCUCCCCGUAUUGAUACUACCCCAGCGCCUGAUUUUGCUCUAAGGCCUAUGGAUGGACCAGUGUUGACCAGUGAGGAGCGAAAAUUGUUCGAGGGGUUUACCAAAAUGUCACCUCCUUGGUUCUAUGGUACUCCCGGGGAGGAUGCGUAUGAGUUUAUUGUUAGCUGCCAUGAGAUGCUUCAUAAGUUGGGUGUAGUGGAGUCUCACAGGGUCGAUUAUGUUUCUUUCCAGUUAGUUGGGGAUGCCAAGCAGUGGUGGAGAUCGUACAUGGAGUGUCGACCAAUUGGGUCGCCACCUUUGACCUGGACCCAGUUCUACCAGGUAUUCCUAGAAAAAUAUGUCCCUCGUACUCUAAGAGACAACAUGAAGGAUGAGUUUUCGACAUUGGAGCAGCGGGGUAGGUCGGUUGCGGAGUAUGAGACCAGAUUUCUCACUUUGUCCCGUUAUGCGACGGCAUUACUUCCCACAGAAGCUGAAAGAUUGGAGGCUUCUGGGGCCUCAUUUCAGUCAGUAGUGGAGCAUGCCAGGAAGGUUGAGUCAGAGAUGGGUCGGGCACAUAGUGGGGGUGGUGACAAGAAAGCUCGUAGAUUUGACAGUUUUAGAGGUUCUAUUAGAGGUGGGGGACACCAUGACAGGGUUCGUCAUCAUCCCUACAACCACCCUAUCCAGUCAUCACUACAGGCUUUAGCAGGUGGUCCUUCAAGUUAA